CUGCAGGCGCUCUGUUUUGUCAUCCAUAGCGCGAUUCUACGAUCCUCUCGGACUAGCUGGUCCCUUAAAUACUAAAUCCAAAAUCGUUCUCCAACGUUUGUGCCAAGAGAAGUUGUCCUGGGAUGAAAGCCUUCCAGUCGCACUGAACACCGAGUGGCAGGAAAUAUGCACCAGUUUUGGUCAGAUUCGUCGACUUGAAUUUCCUCGGCUUGUACUCCUUCCAGACUCUACGCUGGAAAUUCACGGAUUUUGCGAUGCCAGCAUCGAGGCUUAUGGUGCAUGCAUUUAUGUCGUGUCCAAGGGUCAGCAUUUCAGCAGUCACUUACUUUGUGCCAAAUCUCGUGUGGCUCCUUUGAAGACACUUACAAUACCAAAGUUGGAGCUUUCUGGAGCGGAGUUGCUGGCUAUGCUCAUAUCUGAGGUAGCUGGAAUGAAUGUAUUCAAGGGAAGGUGUUACUGUUGGUGUGAUUCUGCCGUUGCGCUCUCUUGGAUUCGGGACGAGCCGUCUAGAUUUAAUAUUUUUGUUGCAAAUAGAGUGUCAACGAUUCAGGAAAUGACCGAAAAAAUGGAAUGGCGCUAUGUUCCCACAGCUUUAAACCCAGCCGACAUUCUGUCUCGAGGGGCUCAUCCGACUGAGCUGAAUGAGUCACCUCUUUGGGUGACUCCUCCAUUUCUUUGCAGCUCCUCAGAUGACUGGCCACCCACUGUGCUACCUGAUAAGCCAGCCCUUGAACUUCGUCGGAAGGCUCUUCUGGUCAAAUCGCCCUAGAUGGACAUUAUUGCUGAUUCCAAGUAUGCGAAUUCAUUUGCUUCUUUGCAACGCGUUUUCGGAUACAUUCACAAGUUGUGCAACCGAAUUCGGUGCCCCGGACUCACUGUCUCAGACAUUGAACAUGGAACCCAGGUAUUGCUACGACUAGUUUAGCGUACUCAGCUAUGGGAGGACAUGAAGUCACUGCGGGCAAAGGGAGCAGUCUCCUCAUCGAGCUCAUUCGCAUCGUUAUCGCCAUUCAUGGAUCAGUUUGGACUUCUCAGGGUAGAUGGUCGACUGAAAAACUCUUCGUUGGAUUUUGAUGGCCGUCAUCCAAUCAUCUUGCCCAGCAGCCAUUCACUGACUCUAGCAAUAAUCUCCCAUUUUCAUGAGCGGAAUCUGCACGCUGGUCCUCGAGCUUUGCUUGGACUAAUUCGAUCCCAAUAUUGGCCUAUUGGGGAGAGGAAGACGGUAAACAAGGCAGUAAACAAGUGCGUAAGAUGCUUUCGACUGAAGCCCAGGGUAUUGGAGCAUAUUAUGGCGGAUCUUCCAAAGGAGCGUGAACUUCUGUGGGCCGUUUUUCUACAAACCGGAGGCACGCAACAAGGCUCCAAUCAAGUGCUUCGUCUGCGUCUUCAUUUGUUUCGCUACCAAGGCUGUUCAUCUGGAGCUUAUAAAGGACUUAUCCACAGUUGCUUUUCUACAUGGACUAAAGCGCUUCAUAUGUCCCAGACGAAAGCCGCGGCAGAUUUGGUCAGACAACGCAACCAAUUUUGUCGGCGCUAAGAAUGAACUGAUGGAAUUAAAGCGCCUGGUCCUCAGCGAUGACCAUCAGAAGGCGCUGCUAGAUUUUUGCUUGGUCGAGGCUAUAGACUGGCAUUUCAUUCCUCCGCGCUCCCCUCAUUUUGGUGGUCUAUGGGAGGCUGCAGUGAAGACGGCCAAGUACCACUUCUACCGUGCGAUAGGCAACUCGGUUCUUGGAUUUGACGAGCUGCGGACGCUGUUGUGCCUCAUCACGGCAGUGAUUAAUUCCAGACCUUUAGUUUCGAAUUCAGAGAGCCCUGCCGAUCUAGAUGUUCUAACUCCAGCGCAUUUCUUGAAUGGUGGCCCUCCUGCUUCGUUCGCUGAGCCUGACGUCACGCAGCUAAACUUCGAUCGCCUGGACGGCUGGCAGCGCGUUUCGUACCUGCAGCAGCUCUUUUGGUCCCGGUGGAAGGAGGAGUACAUAACGUCACUGCAGCAGCGCUCAAAGUGGCGCACUGCGAAGCCUAGUUUAGCUGUUGCAGAUUUGGUUCUUGUCAAGGAUGAGAAUCUUCCUCCCAUGAAGUGGCCACUGGCGAGAGUGGUAGAGCUUUUGCCUGGACGAGAUGGCGUUUCGCGCGUUGCUGUGCUGAAGACAUCAUCUGGAAUCAUCAAGCGCUCCGUCAACAAGCUGUGCCUGCUGCCCCUCAAAGAUGCUGUUGAAAGUCAGGCUUCCAACGGGGGUAGUAUGUCGGGUCAAGCAGCUUAAAUAUUGUAAAUUAUU